GGCCAAUCCGCGUCCAGAGCAGCUGCCUGAGCCACACAGCUAUCGCCUUGGCGCAGAUAUCGCCCAGGGCAUGGCGGAAACGGCAGAUGCGCGGAGUAGAGGAUACUUGCCGCGCUGCCAGCUGCCGCUGCUUUCCGCGCAGGAUCGGCAUGUAGACAUGUACUUAGUACCUGCCCCAUCGCAUCUCAGCCACACGUCUACCCUCUCCUCCCCAAGUCUCUCCAGGGCUCUCCAGCGCCGGGCCUCAAGCUUUUGGCGCAAGCCACCGCAAACUCACCCCCUUGUUGCCAAAGAUGCGGCAUGUCAGCCCAUCGACACAAUUCCAGGGCAAACAUCCUCCUCUUAUAAGUACUGCCUGCAUGCCCGCACCCGCACCCGGACUCUGGAAACGCUCUCCCUGCUGUGCAUUUCCAUCGUCUUGCGGCACUGCCUGAUCUGGCGCGGCUGCCCGUCCCAUUGGCCCUUUUCUUUGUCAGCCCCAGCAAAACUCAGCCCGAGAGGCAGCGCCGAAAGCCGCCCUUCAGCCUCGCUCGCGACCUCUCCUGGCCGCCUUCGGGUUGCCCAUCCAACACAGAGCCGCAGUCCUCCGACAUCCUGCUGCGGAUGCGUGUGCAUGUCUUCGACGCCUCUCUGCUGAUCCAGGCUUCUCGCUGCUGUGCUCUCUGAUUAUCCGGCAGCAUGGCGACGUCCAACUCAGUCCCGGCCUCGGCUCCAAAACAGGAGCCGUUAGACGCCCUCCAGUCACUCAUCAACGAUGUUGUAAGUCUAGCCAUGCUUGCGUACCAUUCAGCUUCUCGCGGCUUAUUUCAUCAUCUUGCUGUUCUUAUUUCAUUCUCUUCAUCACCAGCUAAUCAACCAUCUCGCCACCAAAGCUCGUGCAAACUGGAAAGGCCCUGCGGGCAUCGCGUAAAGACUCUCGCGGGAAUCUGACACAUAUCCCUGGCACUUCACAAUCCAAGCUGCCAGAGACCAUUCGGCUCUUCCACAACGCGCUGGACGAGCUUGAAGAGGAAAUUGUAAGCAACCCCCCAGUCUCUGUUCAUUCACACACUCACCUCCCCCUAUUCUCCGAGCCCUUGCUUCUUUGUUGUUUUCUUUGGCUAUUCAUCGCUUACUCUCUUUGU